AUGGUGCAUCAAGGUCUGACAAUAACCGUUCUGUUGUUUGGAAUUGUCUACAGAACACAGACAGCCCCAACUUUUUCGGGGCUUUGCGACGGAUGUCCCCUGAAGAACGGCGUUGGCCUGACGGGGUUCUUGAAUGACUGUACCAAAUACGUACACUGCGCUGAAGACGCACAGGGCGUCGUCCACGGCACGGUUCAACCGUGCGCCUUCGGCACGGAGUGGAAUCAAGACCUCCUGACAUGCGUUCUCCCGUCCAACUCGACCUGCGGCGCCACGCAAGACGUCUGUUACGGACGGCCUAACUAUAUUAGACGCCUGGGGGUGGGGAACUGUCGCGGUUACUGGGAAUGCAAGAAUGGUGACUCCGUACCGUUGUGCUGCCCGAUCGGUUAUUACUUCAAUAGCAUGACUGGCAACUGCGAUUCAACUGAUGGCGGCCACGAGUGUUAUGAUAAAUGUUUCAACGAAUACUACGAAGAUACAAUGAAAAUGACCACCACACCAAGUCCUUGUUACAAUAAAAGGCCGGUGGCCGCCGAACUGGACGUAUAUGAGGAGUGGAUCGAGGGAUGGGGCUGGAUCCAGAGAGGGUGUCCCAAAAGUCUCCUGUUUGUACAAAGGGACUGCGGUUGUACCUUGCGAGUGGUUGUACAGCAGAAGUGCGAGCCUGACCUCUUCCUUUCUUUCGAGAACGGUGUCGAAGACCAGUCCUAUUUUGCCAACUACAUUUUAAGUGAAAAUGUUGAAGUAAUGGACGGCAAGGCCUUUUUUGAAGCUGAUCAGGGAAGUCAACUUAUAAUUCCGCGUUACACGAAUGUCGGCAUGGCGAGUCUGACCAUUCAUGUGAAGUACUAUUCCGAUCACGAAAGCCUCACGCAGACCCAGGCGAUCGUAUCGAACAGCGACUGUGGAAUCACCCCGUCCAUUCUGCUUACGGAAGACAGCAAAUAUGUAUAUUUCACAGUGGGAACUGAUUUGGGCGAAAGGACAUUGGCCGUUCACCAGCCGGCAUUCACAAAUGAGAAGGACGUUGUAUUAACAUAUCACAAUGGCAUCCUCUCUGGUCAGGUCAACGGGAUCAAGACUACCAUGAUGAUAAAUGGAAGUGGCAUCAGUCGGGUCCACUGCGCCCUCCAUGUUGGCAGCGCGGAUGCGAACCGUGGACUGAACUUCACUGGAGUCAUUGAUGAACUGAGCCUGUCUAUGUGUGUAUAA